CAACCAACCUAAUCGCACCCCUUGUUGUUGCUGACGUUGCACCAUGCAGUCUGAAGGUACUGCAGGAACUGAAGGCCAUUACAUGUAACACGUCACAAAUGCAUUGCAUGCACUCAACUUUAUUUUUAGAUGAGUUAUGUCUCAUGCGAUCAGAACUGGUCGACCAUCGCCGCAUGUCCGAAGCAAUUCUGCAGAUGCUGCAACGACAGUCCCAAAGCCUUGCACCGGGACUUUCUCUGCCAUUCAUCUUUCUUAGUGAGCUUAAGAGAUAUGAUGAACGGCUGAAGGACCAACAUUUCAAAAAGUCAACCAUUUGUGUGCUGUGCACGGUGCUAACGUGCAAAUCGUCGUCCGGGGUACCAUGGAGCGGCUAAUGAUAAGAUCAGUUGCCGCGGAGAUGAAUUACUCCGGAGCAAGAGGUUUGUUUGCAUUCAGGCGAACAAAUAUAC